AAAUAAUGGUAAGGUAUAUGCAUUCUUCCCCGGACAUAGCUCUUGGCUUGAUCAUGGGUUAUGGCUGGCUUACCGACAAACGGCGUUUGGGCAACACGGGAUGGCUUGGUUCUGGGUUGAUAACUUGUUUUUUUUUUUGUUAUUCUGCGCCUGCUAUCUCUCACGGAUCUACGGCUAGUCUGGAAUUAACGAGCAGACGCUUGACCAAGCUAAAGAGGUUGGUCUCUUGGUUAGCUUACUUCGCAAAACUUGACUCUCUCGACCGACGACGCGAGAUGUACUCGGCGAAAUGAAACUGAGAUUUCGCUCCUAGAAUCAUCCGGCUUGGGAUUAGCCCUGAAACGAUGGAUUAAAGAACACAUGCUCCGAGGAUUCAAUCUACU